AUGUGCAUGUAUUACUUUGCGAUAAUAGCUACAUAUCAAUUUGUUUCACUUGCUUGUAUUUAAACAAUAUAUUUGUUUGCAAUAAAAAUGAUUGAAUUGCUUUUGAACUUCUAAUCUGGAAGAUUUUAUGAUUAGAUGUCUUUUCUGUCUUUUAUACUAAAUUUUUUCUCAUUGAUAUCUUAAUUUACAAAAUGCGCAGAGUCUACAGCCUUCAAGAAGAUAUUUUUCCAUGCAGCAACAGCACAUACAAAAUAGUUUUAUAGUGAAAAAUAUACCUUUUGUAGUGAAAAUAAUGCAGAUAGCUUUGAAAACAUGAAAUACUCAAUGUUGCAAGAACAAGAAUACGGGGUAGGUUUACCUCAAAAUCGGUUGUCCAAUGAAAUGAACGAAUCUGUAUUAGUCAGUGUAGAUACCAUGGAAUUUGGAAACAAUUCUUUUCAAAAUCUCGAGGAAACUUCUGUUGUAUCUAAUCUUCCUCUUUUAUUUGCCAAUGGACAUCCAACAUCGUUGGAAAAAAUUACUUUGGAACAGUUAGAACAUUUUGUUACAUUCAUGGUUAAAUGCUCCUUGGGUUAUGAUACUAACAAAGUGAUUAGUGAACCAAGGUGGUGGCCAAAAGAAGUUAAAUUUUCAAAUCCUUUAACAAGACCUAAAAGAAAUUGGAUGGCCAAUCUGAAAAAAUUAGUAUUCAGAUGUUAUACAUAUCAUAGAAGUGAAUAUCUCUUACGCUUUUGUUCGUACCUUGCACGAUACCCACAAGAAGAUUUACAAUAUGUUAGCAAUUGGGACUCUACAACAAGUUUAUAUCACAAAACUACUGGAAAAUUAUUGGUGACAUUUCGAAAUGAAAAUAUGAAUUAUGACAAAAGAUAUGAAAGUUCACGAAAGAAGUUAUUAUCCUGUAGUGGGGUAAUAUCUUCCUACAAUGCUAAAUCAAAACAGCAAGAGCAUUCCAUUGUGAGGGUUGAACAUACAUCAGCAGGAGAUAUUUAUCUAUGUGACAAUUGUGAUGCUGAAUUUAUAGGCCUAGAAAAAAUGAAGGAACAUGAAAGUGUAUGUUAUGAACAAGAACAUAACGGAGGUAAUUCACGAUCUACAACUCCGGAUUCUCUAAUUGUAGAACCUGAGUUAAGGCAAGAUCAAUUUUUGGAAUAUUUUCAUUUGUGUUCGAUGAAAUCCAAAUCAGAAUCGAAAUCAGUUAAAACCAACAAUGGUGCUACAAUUAAUAACAAUAGCAGUAAUAAUAGUAAUAAUAACGUUAUUAGCCGCACUUCCCGCCGUGUUCGAGGAUCUAUAAAUUUUACCAGAUGUGCGACUAUUCCUUUUUCUUCUCCUGCUGGUAUAUUAUUAGCUAAAGCUAAAAAGUCAAAAGCAAUGACAGAAGAAACACAACAAGAAAGACUAGAAAGGAUAGAAAGACAUCUUAUUGCUCCUGUCUUAGAUAGUUCGACCAAACCAAAGUGGUUAGGUGCGGACGUUGAUCACAAUAGGUGGAAUGUUACAUAUAAGCCACAUCGGGAAAAAGUGGCAUGUGAUUAUGUGCAUCAAUACAAAUUUGUAAAUUCUGUUAAAAAAAAACCAAUGUUGAGCAUACAAUCGCAAUUACUAUAUGUUGUUUGUCGACCUGUUUUUGUUAUUUUAAAACGAUUAACUCAAGAACAAAUACACGAUCUUAAACAAAAUCCACCAAAAUAUCGGUGUCUUGUCCCAAAUGUUUCAAUUAAUAACCAGAAAAUGAUAACGAAAGAUGAAAAAAGAACGAGACCAAAUGUUUCUUCGAAACGUAAAGCUCCGAGUGGUGAAAAUGACACGAACGCGAUGGAAGAAAACGUAGAAAAGGUAGCUUGUAAUAAAAUUAACAAUGUAGAGUUAACUGAAAGUACAAGUUCUUGUGAUGGAAAUAAUACGACUGCCAUUCAUUCAAUUAAAGAGACCAAAUCGUGCGUAAAGUCGUCGGAAACAAUAGCGGUGAUCGACCUUUGCUCUUCAGACGAGGAAGAAAAUACAUGUAUCCCUGCAUCUUCAGACGAAAAUAAAGAUUCGAUAAAGUCUGUCUCCAACAAUGUAACAGAUUCGUUGUUAGAAAAAUUUUCUUCUUUCUUUUAAUUUUAAUUAAGAAGUGAAUGGCUAUUGGAUAAUAUUUUAAAUAACAAUGUUGAAAAUUAUACAAACAAGUAUCAUAGUACAAUGUACAAAUUUAUCUCCGAAAUCUUAGAUCAGCAUAAAAUUAUAAUUAUUUGAUACGUAAUAUUCAUCGUAUACGCGUUAUAUUUGUCAAUAUUUAUUAUUUUAAUUUUAUAUGAUCAUAAAAUGUAUAAAAUGUUAUAUGUAUCAUUUUAUUAUUUGCAUUGUAUUGCUGUUUAUUAAAAAAAAAUCCCCAUAAAUAUUUGAUAUUGUCAAAUAAAAUAUCGAAAUCAAUGAAAUUUCGAUAUUUUCAAGAGAAAUACAUCAAACCAUGUUUAUCAUAUAACCGACGCAUUUUUAUAUAUUAUAUACUAUUGCAAAAAAAAAAAGAAAACUUGAGGAAAGGACAAAUAAAAUCGAAAUGAAAGUCGUUUAUUUUUUUAUAAUCGAUCUUGUUAAUGUACCUCAUUAUAAAAUAAUCGCGUUUGCACUUCAUUUUUUUGUUUAUGUAUUAAGAACAAUUUUUGUUUUGUAUAAAAUUGCGUACAUACUUAAAACCAAACACUUCUCAUUCUUGUUUUUUUUUUGGUUUAACGAUUUUUUUCAUUAAAAAUGAUAAUAAUUUCUCCUUCCAAUCCAUUUCGACAUGUUUCAAAACUAAUCUUUUAGUUGAAAUAUUAUGAAGUGGACCAAAAGCUAGAGCAACUGCUGUACAGGCUAAACAAAUAACAUUGUACGGCAUACUGAAAUCAGGUGUAGGUAAACUAAUUAAUAAAGAUUCAGUUCUCAACUGUACCAGAUAACCUUCUCUUGAAGCAUUGAAACUAAAAAUUGAAUUAUGUCGUUAGCAAAAAUUGAGUGUUAUAAUGCAUAUUAUGUUAUGAAUUAUUAAUGUAAAAAAAUUUUAACCUUGACGUUAUAGUACUUCCAUCGAGUGGUAAUGGAGUAUAA